GAAUUGAAUUAAGCAAUAAAGGCAACUCAACGCGGAAUGAGACGCACGACAAGAAAACAAGUUGAAGCAUUCUUGUUUCAACCAACGAACGCGAAAGCAAAGAAAAUUCAAAAAGCCAAAAAAAUCCAAUCUUUUUUAAAUCUAAAAAUAAAAAAGAAAGUUUGGGAGUGGGAGAAAGCCCUUUCAACUUCCUUUUACAUUCUUCUCUUUUUUUGUUCCUUGCCUUUCUCCUUCAAAUCUCAAAACGGCUUUCCUUUGUUUCUCUUUCAGUUUCUCAAAAUUUUUUUUUGGGGCUUAUCACCGCAUUUAACUUUAGUGGGUUAUUUGUUGAUUAUUAGAAGUUACUAAAUAAUUUGAAUGCUCUUUGCAUUCAAAUUUCAAAGCUAUCAACUUCUGAGUUUUGAUGGCUUCAAGAACUUUGUCAAUAGGUGCAUCUCUAGAUUCUCCUGAUGCUCUUUUUGAAAGGAAUGACACCGAAAAUAUCAGUAUGGUUUCCCUUAAAUUUCAUGAAUCAAAUAGGGUGCUAGAUCAGGACCAUCAAGCCUCUAGUCCAGUAAGAAGAGAUGUAGUUAACAGGUCAUUAUCUGCCGUAAAGUUUCUUGAAAAUGAUGAUAUGGACUUGGAGGGUGGUAAGUUGGAAAAGGACAGAGAUAAAAUUAUACGUAGUAACAAGGUAGUUAAAAUACAAAAUCAGGCCUUAUUAUCUGGCCUUGCAUAUUGCAUUUCCUCCUGCAGUAUGAUACUAGUAAACAAGUUUGUGCUCUCUAGCUAUGAUUUCAAUGCUGGGAUAUCCUUGAUGCUGUACCAGAAUUUUAUAUCCGUUGUUAUUGUGUCUGUACUGAGUUCUCUCAGCCUAAUAUCGACGGAACCAAUAACGUGGAGGUUGAUUAAAGUCUGGUUACCUGUGAAUGUCAUAUUUGUUGGGAUGCUUGUGACAAGCAUGUUCAGUUUGAAAUAUAUUAACGUAGCCAUGGUCACGGUCUUGAAGAAUGUCACUAAUGUAAUUACUGCAGUCGGUGAAAUGUAUUUGUUUAAGAAGCAUCAUGAUAGCAGGGUGUGGGCUGCUUUGUUCUUAAUGAUCAUUUCAGCAGUUUCUGGAGGGAUAACUGAUCUUUCAUUUCAUGCUGUUGGAUAUGCUUGGCAGAUUAUAAACUGCUUCUUAACUGCAUCAUAUUCUCUGACCUUGCGUAGGGUCAUGGAUACUGCUAAACAGGUCACCAAAUCUGGAAACUUGAAUGAAUUUUCAAUGGUCUUGCUAAAUAACACACUUUCAUUGCCUUUGGGGAUUCUUCUUAUUUUUGUUUUCAAUGAGGUUGAUUAUCUCUUCACUACACCACUUCUAAGGAUGCCUGACUUCUGGUUGGUAAUGACAUUAAGUGGAUUUUUGGGUCUAGCAAUCAGUUUCACUUCAAUGUGGUUUCUUCAUCAAACCGGGGCAACAACAUACAGCCUCGUGGGAUCAUUGAAUAAAAUUCCUCUCUCUGUUGCCGGGAUUGUUCUUUUCAAAGUCCCUACUAGUUUGGAAAACUCUGCCAGCAUCUUGUUUGGUCUUUUGGCCGGCGUGUUUUUUGCGAGAGCCAAAAUGCAAGAGAGAUCUCAAUCCUGAGUUUUAGUAGCAUUUAUACACUGGUUGCAUCCUGAGUUUUUGUGUAACUUGCACCUCACAACUUGCGAGCAUUGUCAGCAGCAGGAAUCUGUUGACCAGCUUUCAUGGAAGACAGAAAAUGGGGUGGACAAUUGGUUCCAAUCAAGUGUAGAUUGAUGCCAAAUCUUGGCCUGGGGGAGUUUCUUUGAGUUUGGCAUCUGUUUUCGUUGUAACAGAUGCCGCUUAUUUUUAUGUUGUAUUGGGGACCUUACUUAUUGUUUGUCCCCUUGUAUUUUACAUAUUCUUAAUGUAAAUUUAUCUAUGCCUUUUUCUCAAACUUCAAUAUAUAGGGAAAAAUAGUAGUCGCUCAAGAAUUUUUUGUUUAUUUGUUUUUAUUUUAAUGGAAUUCAUGUUCAAGUAGAGAUUUUUUAA